AAAACAGCCCGACUCAACAGCGACGGUCUACAAUCUUGACAACCCUUGGGAAGUUGUGACGGACUGCAAUCAGUAUCGAAAACAGACUAACAUAGAUACGAUGGCAGAUAAACCUUACCAGGAGAACGGGCAUUUCACACGUCCCGCAAGUACCUUUCGGAAUUUCGUUUCCAAAGCAGCCGGAUCCAAGUACCCGCCAGAACCAAAUCGCUAUGCGUUAUACUUGUCCCCCGGCUGUCCUUGGGCACACCGCACUCUCAUCGUGCGUAAGCUCAAGGGGCUUGAGUCCAUCAUUGACCUGUACUUGUUGAAGAUGCACAUGGGCCCCGAGGGUUGGUUAUUUGACGGAGAGGACCCGCUGCACCCGAGCUUCACCAAGAUCAAGCAGCUCUACGAGCACGCAGACCCAAAUUUCAAGGGCCGCUACACGGUCCCGGUGCUGUGGGACAAGAAAACAGAUACCAUGGUGAACAACGAAAGCUCUGAGAUAAUCCGGAUGUUCUACUCGGAAUUCGACGACCUCCUGCCGAAGCACCUGCGCGAGAGCACCACGGAGGCGGCAGGCGGCGGCAUGUUCCCCGAGAGGCUGAGGGGCGAGAUUGAGGAGAUGAACGAAUGGGUGUACAACACGGUAAACAACGGUGUGUACAAGACCGGGUUUGCGACCAGCCAGGAGGCUUACGAAGCCAACCUAUAUCCCUUGUUCGAGUCGCUCGACAGGCUGGAGGACAUCUUGGCCAAGCACGGCAAGCCAUACCUCUUUGGCGAUCACAUCACUGAGGCAGAUGUCCGGCUGUACACAUUCGACGUUGCAUAUCACAGUGUAUUUAUGUGCAACAGGAAAUCGAUCCGCCACGACUAUCCAAACCUGUACCUGUGGCUGCGUAGGCUCUAUUGGGACAGGGAUGAGCAGGGACAGGCCCACGGGGCUUUCUAUGAGACGACGGAGCCGUACUUGAAAUACUACGGGCAGGGCUACGCUGCGGCAAGAAAUAAGGUUGUAUUCCAGGACAAAGUGCCCUUAAUUGUUGCGGCUGGGCCUGCCAUUCUGAUAGAUCCUUUGCCCCAGGCCUAA